GUGGCCAUGUCCCAAGUGGAUAGACGGUCCUGAUCUUCUGCCGUGCUGUUCUGCUGGUGUUGCCGCAUAACCCACGGCGGCGGCGCGUAGGCAAAGCCGGGAGGAAGGAUUAGGGUUUAGGCGGCGGCCAUGGCAGCUGAGGAGCAGACUCCGCGAACCAAACCCAGCACCGGGAACAGCAAGAAGAGGAAGAAGCCCAGGAAGGACAAGUGGGGCCAGCCUAUCAUCGACGCCGGCGAUCGCCCGGCGGUUGAGCCGGAGCCUGAGCCAGAGCCGGAGCCUGUCCCAGCGCCCGCAGCGGCGGCGGCGGCGGAGGAGGAGGAGGAGGCGGGGAUCUAUGAAACCGGCAAGGUGGUGGCCAGCGGCCUGCCGUACACCACCACCGAGGCGGAGAUCCGGGAGCUCUUCGAGCGGUUCGGUCCCCUCCGGUCGCUCCAGCUCUCUCGCUUCCCGGACUCCGGCAACUUCCGCGGCCUCGCGUUCGUCUCCUUCGAGUCAAACGAGGUGGUAAUGAAGUCUCUUGAGCUUGACGGAUUCAAAAUUGGCAACAGGUUUAUGAGAGUUGAAAGAUGCAGGUUGGCUGCUGGCUCGAAGAGGAAAAGGACUGUGGAGUUCCAAACUGAUCCUAAGAAGGCUGAUGGGUGUCUGUCAGCAUAUGUUGGCAAUCUCAAAUGGGAUGUUACAGAAACAGACUUAAGGGACUUCUUCAAGUCACUGAAGAUUUCAUCGAUAAGGUUUGCUAUCAACAAGAGAACAGGUGAUUCUCGUGGUUUUUGUCAUGUUGAUUUUGAGGACGACGAGUCGCUUGAGAAGGCUGUAGGAAUGAAUCAAUCUGAACUGCGCGGCCGACCUAUCAAGAUAUCAUAUGCUGUCAGUAACAGGGGCUGAAGGCUACUAGAUAGUAAACUUUGAGCAUGAGCGAGCCUCAGUGUUAUGCUUUUGCUCCCUCAGUUUUGUUACGGUUAUAUAUCCGUAUUAAGUUUCUACUGAAAGUGUUGUUUCUUGCAUCAAUCUCUAUGUAGAAUGUAAUUCACCGUGUGACAAAUACUUGGUGCUACUUAAUAUCGACCUUAUAAACACUUCUCAGAAAUCUCUGUCAAAUAUAACUAUCUGGUCAUAGCAGUGGCGACUGAUGUUGGAAUGUUGUCUCAUUGAGUUUGAUGUCGAGGGCCUAAAGUUAGUAAUUGUUGAGCUCAGAACUAAACCUAA